GGUGGUUAAAAAAGAAGAAUUGUAUUUAAAUAAAAAACAUUUGAAUUUGAAUAUUUGAAAGACUAUCUAUUAAUUUAUAUUUAUAAUGAUAAAUGUGGAGAGAUUACAGCUAAGUACCAAUACCUUACUCAGCUGAAAUUCAGGUAAACAUGACCCUGAAAAUAAAUUAACACAUAAAUAGAAACUUCUACAAAAAGUACUCAUUGUUGUUUCGUUCUCCAAAAGUGAAGGUUGUAAAUAUAUUUAUUGAAAAAUGACAAGCAUUCACUCAACUAAUAUUCAUGAAGUCCAUGAAAUGCCAAUGAAUAUUAUUAUCAGACCUAUACCACCUCAGCUCGAUGAACAAAAAGUAAAAUCAUUGAUGGAAACAUUAUCCGAUCCUAAGAAAAUUAAUGAAGUUCCACCUAUUGAUGUUUUGUGGAUAACAGGCAAAGAAGGCGGUAAUUAUUAUUACAGUUUCGGCGGCUGUCACAGAUUUGCAGCUCACCAGAGGUUGAAACUUGACACAAUUACAGCUAAAAUAGUAAAAUCGACCAUUGAAGAUCUUAAAGUUUACUUAGGAGCCAGUAUGCCCGAUUUAAAAUAGAAUCAUCGCCACUAGUUUGAUGAUUUUUAACUCCUUAAAUUAUAUGUACUAUAUUGUAUUAGAUUUUUACAAUAAGUAUACAGGGUGGGCCACCGGUAACACCUCAGUUUGUGGAGUCAAACUUUUUUUAAUCGAUUUUCAUUGCGAGAAGUAUAUCAGAAAUGGCAACAAGUAUUUAAAAAUAAUUUCAAUUAUACAAGGUGCUUCAGGAAAGUGCUACAAAGCAGAGCAAAGCAAGGUUCUUAAAUUGCAUUUUUUAAAACUAUAAAUUAAUCUUUGUUAAGGGUCGUUAUACCUAGAGUCAAUAAUUUUUGAUAUAUUUAAGUGUUUUCAAAAAUAUGUGAUGUUUAAAAAAUGCAAAUACCUAUGUCGUAAUAUUUCAAAUUAAUUUUUUUAAGGUAUGUUAUUAAGAGAGUCUUCUGAGCUGUAAUAUGUUCAAAUACUUGUUGAUCAAACAUAUAUUGUAUAUAUUUAGAAAAUAGAUAUUAUACACAGCUUUAAACACUAAAAAACUCCGUUGGUUUAAAGAGAACACCCAGUAUUUUUUAACAUUAUUUGAAGAAUCUCUUGAAAUCAUUUCAAUUUUUUUUUUUUUUUCGAUAUUUUGGUGAAAAUUUUAUUUUCUUCAGAGCCAAUUUCUCUGGAUUCAUAAUCAGGGGGAUAAAAACCAUAGCUCGCGACACUUUUAUGAUUUUGGACACUGUAAAUUAAGUCUAUAAGACUACUGUAGGAAUAUGAUGAGUGUAGCAUAGGCAACCAGUAUCACACAUGUGUGUAUAUCAUGUUGCCUAUAUCUUAAUUAUUAGAGUGAGUUGUAUGGGCAAGUCAGUGCGACUGUAAUGGCUGUCAAGACUUAAGACAUAUUCGUUGUAUCGAUUGGAGUAAACUCAGUUUGCUACGUUAUUAUUGUGUUAUAUUAUAAUUUAUAUUAUUCCUUACACUACUUUUUUCAGAGAGCAAAAAAAAUUAAAAUAGACAAAAUGAAAUGUUUUAUUUCACAUAGGUGUUAAAAAAACAUUACUUAAUAAUAAUAUGUAAAAAUAAACAUAUUUAAAACUAAAUUAAACCCAAAACUAAAACCCGCACAGAAAUUUUGAAAAAGUACAUAUUUUUAAACGAAAGGCAAAAAAUACAAGAAAAAAAGAAAAAAUCUUUCAUAUUGCAAUAUUAAAUUGUCAAAGUGUUAGUUAAACAAAAACUUACAUAAAAUACAAAUGUAAAAAACAGUUAAUGAUUUCCAGCAUAAGCUAAAAGUUCACUACUCUUGAACUAAUUUUUGCCACAGCUUUUAGGAAACUGACGCCACUCUGUCGCAAACAUGGCUACCUGUCGAGCUCCAAUUUGGAAAGGAUUAGAUGUAAGGCCCUACCUGUGGAGUUCCCAAUAACCAAUAAGAAAUAAUUGUUUAUAUCGCGUAGUCUGUCAGACGACGCCGAACCAGUUAAGGGUUAUGUUUAAGACAUAUAAGAAAUUAAAGUAAAAUUUUAAAACACCAAGUACAGAACAAAUAAUAAAUUAAUUAAUCUAAUAAAUUUUCAAAAUGAAUAAUCUUGAAUACUGAUCCUCCGUUCAAACGAAUGUUUCACUCUUUUUAACAUAUCUGGGAUACUAGUUGUAAAUGCAUUCUUAAUUAUUUUCUUCAUAUCUUCUGGCAUGGUUGCUGGGGUACUGUAUACAAGACUUUUUAUAUAACCCCAUAAACAUUUGAUGGGGUUAAACAGGGUAAUUUAGGUGACCAAUAGCAUGGUCCUCUUCUUCCUAUCCAUUUAUUAGGAAAUUUCCAGUAAAAGUAAUUUCUCACGCCAUGCGCAACAUAAGCAGGAACACCGUUUGUUCCCUUACGAUUAAUGGGGUAUAUCUUAGAAGUAGCCAAAAAUCUGAUCGAAGAAACCUGAAAAAAUUACAUCUAUUUAGAUGACCGUUAAAAAAUGUGGGCCUAUAACUUUCUCUCAAAUAAUUCCACUAUAUACAUUUAUGCUCCUAUUUCUAAAUAGGUACCAAUUUUUUGUACCCAUAGCAAUGGGCAUUGUGACGAUUUAAUAAGCCAUUGUUAUAGAAAGUAUUUUGUAAAUAGAACAAAAUCUAAACUAAAAAAAUCUCUAUUUUCUCCUAACUGUUCUAGUGUCUAUAAACUAGAAUCUACGCAUCCGUACUGUAUAUAUGUUUAUGGAAUUAGAUAUUGUAUUGGUUUUAUUUAUAUAAAUACAUAAUACUUCUCUGGUGCUAAUAUUAGCAUUCUCCACUCACCAGAAAAGAUAGAAGCCUGUAUCUGCCCGAGUAGGAACGCUACGCUAACAAGGAUCCUUACUGGGUAUGGCCGACCCAAAUGACACCUUGGUCAACUGAGAGUAGUAGAAGGUAGUGAUUGCAUAUUCUGUGAGGAGGACGAAACACCUCCGUGUAACACUUCAGAAUCCAAGAGGAUUAUACUUAGGAGCAUACCUAAUUUGAAGCCACUUCAAAUCCCACAGUUCCUUGAAAAGAUAUGAUCGGACUAUUUCCUUGCUGCAUUAGCAACAAAAGGGAGCACAAUAGAUCUUUUAGGUCGCAGUGCAUUAAUACCCAACAUAACAUAGCAUUCUCCGCGACCUAAUACCACAAAUUCUUUAUUAUCAAUUAUGGUUUUAGUUUUUUUAAGUUCUCUUAUCCGAUUGAUCCCCGUCAGGGUACUUUGGUUUAAACCCUUUGUUGAUAAAAAAUAAUUUGUGUAGCAUUCACCUAUGGUGAGAAUCAUAUUACUCUUUCUUGAAUUGAAUAUUCCUUCAUUUUAAAUGCAAGAUUGCACAAAACAGUUUAAAUUAAAAUGACUUAAACUGAGAACCAAACCUCAGACACUUUGAUUAAUGAAAUAUAAUGAAUUAUUUUCAAAAAUUAUAAGAACUACGUUAUCUCUAAAACUAUCACAGAUAUGUACAGGAAUACCUACAUUGUUUGAAAGGAUUUUGAAAGAUACUUUAAAUAAGGUUAAAAUAUACUCUUAAUGUACCUUAAAAUUAUCAAUUUGAAAUAUUAAGAAACUUAGGACAUACCUAUUUGCAUUUUUUAAGCAACCCAUUUUUUGAAAACACUUGAAUAUAUCAAAAAUUAUAGAUUCUACGUAUAACAAAUCCUUAACAAAGUUACACUAAUUUUUUUUUUAGAUUGCAAAAAUGCAAUAAAAUACAGUGUAUCCUAUUUAAAAAACCUAACUUUGCCCAGACAGCACACUAAAUCCUUUGGAUAUCUACUGGACAUCCCGCAAUAUCCACUGAAUGUCCAGUCCAUAUCUAUUUUAUAUCCAUGAGAUAUAAUUUAUAGACAUGCAAAUGUCCGUAAAUAAUAGUAAUUACAUAACAAAUUAUUAAAAAAGUACGCCAUUAUGACUAAUAGUACCGUUUAGAUAUUUAAAAUUAAAUUUGUUUUAAGAUGUAUUCAAUAUCGCAUAGAUAUCCACUAAAUAUAUUAAAGUCUAGGCGCGAACGCAAACCAUGGUGGAUAUCCACUAGAUGUAAUUUAUGGAUAUUUUAUGUACCUAAAUUUCGGAAAAUAUGUGAAUUGGUUUAAUAAUUAUUAAAUUACUUAAAUAUUACGCCAUGUGAUAACUAAGAAAGUAUGUAGGUAUGGUUUAUAGAAAUUUAAAAUAAGUAAGUUAUAUUCAAUAUCCCACAGAUAUCCACUAGAUAAAUAAUAUUCACAAUGAACGGGAGCGCAGGCGCGGAUAUUUUCUGCCCUCACAGGUGCCAUCGGCCAUUUUAUAGUUUGUUUUCGUUUUGUUUGUGUCGUGAUCAUGAGUUUCAUUUGAUAAUUUUGGAUUAAAAGGAGGUAAGUAAGCUUUAAAACCUAAAUUUCUUAGUGUAAAAAGUUGAUAGACUUUAGUUAAAUAAGACAAUGGUUAAAUUUACGUUAUUAAGAUUGUUUAGUAGUUGUAUGCAAUGUACGUUAAAAUCCGUGUCCUUUUUAGGUAAAUCACA